AUUCGUGAUAGGAGGAAAUAUGCCAUGAUUAGUUCACCCUUUAUGGUCGUCUAUGGCAAUAUAUUAUUAACUUUACAGUAUAUAUGGAGCAUAGAGUUGCAUCCAGAACUGAGGGAAGUUUCAGGUCUUCUUGAAAGAAAGAAACCAGAAGAGCUUGCAUCAAAGAUACUUUUUAAUGUUACGUUCUGGCUUUUGCUGAGACAACAUCUUACUGAGCAAAAACAGUUACAGGUAAAAGAAGCGACUUUAUCAGAAAUCAAAGUUGGAAGCCAAGACAAAGAAGAUGAAGUCCAAAAAAGUGAAGAGAAGAAGAAGAAG